AUGCCGGCCCCGCAGUGCGCCUGCUGCCACAAGGCCCGCGCCGCCCUCCGCCGCCCGCGCUCCGGCCAAGCGCUGUGCGGCAUCUGCUUCUGUGCCGCCUUCGAGGCCGAGGUGCUGCACACGGUGGUCGCGGGCCGCCUGCUGCCGCCCGGCGCCGUGGUGGCCGUGGGGGCCUCGGGCGGCAAGGACUCCACGGUGCUGGCGCACGUGCUGCGCGAGCUGGCGCCGCGCCUGGGCAUCUCGCUGCAGCUGGUGGCCGUGGACGAGGGCAUCGGCGGCUACCGGGACGGCCGCUCCUGCUGCACCUUCUGCGGGGUGCUGAGAUGGCGGCGGGCGCUGGAGGAAGGGGCGCGCCUCGUGGGAGCCACGCACGUCGUGACGGCUCGGCCCCCGCCCGCCGGCGCCUGCUCCCGCUGCGGGGCGCUGGCCAGCCGCGCGCUCUGCCAGACCUGCGCCCUCCUGGACGGCCUGGACCGAGGCCGACCCCGCCUGGCCAUAUGCCAGGGCCGUCGGGGGCGGGACGAGGUGGGGCCGGCAGCGGGGACUUCGCAGGUGCGGGAGCAGGUCCAGCCCCCAGCCCGAGAAGCCGUUCCCGCUGUCCACACCUUCUAG